AGGUUAGGUUAUUAAACUUAGCAUUACAAGCAAUUUUAAUUUAAUCUAACCAAAACCUAGACUAACAACCCUGUUAAAAAAUAAUAUAAUCAGCCAUAAAUUCACCAAACAUGUUGGAUUGACUUACAAUUUCAUUAAGUUAAGUUUUUUUUUUUAAAUAUUAUUCUUCGUUUUAACUCUUGUAAAAUUCCCUUAAGUUCUUGUUUCCAUCUUCACCUUGUGUAUACAAUAUUUGUUUUCAUUCGCGGUAUAAUCGUCUGAUUCUAUCGUAAUACCAGCCACGAUAUCACAAAACGGAGCCCGGUGCCUUGACCUCGUCGAGAAUUACACGCGUUAGAGAUAUAUUCUGUUACUUACCUAUUGCAGUAACAUUUAGAGCUUAAUAGAAGAAGGUAGCAAUGAUAUAGAUCCUUGGAAAAAAUUUUAUUCUACUCCAAAAAUGGGCGACGAGGGAGAUAAUUUGUACCUUGGAUUGGAUCUCAGUACCCAGCAGCUCAAAGCAGCUGUGGUAAACGAAAAAUUAGAAAUCGUAGCUGAACAAAUAGUGAUCUACGAUUCAGAUUUGCCAGAAUUUCGUACACAGGGUGGUGCUAUUAUAGAUAAAGUUAAUAAUUCCUUCAUCACUUCUCCAACGUUGAUGUGGGUAAAGGCAUUAGAUAUUGUUCUAGAUAAACUCACGGUAGCAGGAAUCAAUUUUUCUAAAAUAGCCGCCGUUUCUGGAAGCGGGCAGCAACACGGAUCCGUUUAUUGGCAAAGAGGAGCUGGUGAAACAUUGGCAAAAUUGAACCCGGGUCAGUUCCUUCAUCAACAAUUAGCUCAAUCUUUUGCUGUUGCAAAUAGUCCAAUAUGGAUGGAUGCCAGUACUACCAAACAGUGUAAAUUAUUGGAGGACGCAGUUGGGGGACCAAUGAAACUGGCAGAAAUAACUGGAUCCAGAGCUUAUGAAAGGUUUACAGGUUCCCAGAUAUGCAAAAUUAAUCAAACCAAACCAGAAGCGUACAAAAACUCAGAGCGUAUAUCUCUAGUCAGCAGUUUCCUAUGUUCCCUGUUUGCUGGUAAAAUAGCCCCUAUCGACAUAUCCGACGGUUCCGGUAUGAACCUUAUGGAUAUCAGGACAAAAUCGUGGAACCAAACUUUACUAGACGUUUGUGGACCGAACCUUGCCGAAAAAUUAGGCAACCCUGUCCCUUCCACUACUAUUGUCGGAAGUAUAUCACCGUACUAUGUGGAAAGAUACAAUUUUAAUACAAAUUGUAAAGUCGUUGCUUGUACUGGAGAUAAUCCCGCUUCAUUAAUCGGUAUGAGAUUAACGGAAUGUUGGAUAGCCGUUAGUUUGGGAACUAGCGAUACAGUUUUUCUUUGGCUUUUGGAACCUAAAUUGGUACUAGACGGUCACGUACUUUGUAAUCCCAUAGAUGAAAACGCUUAUAUGGCUUUAUUAUGUUUUAAAAAUGGUUCUUUAACGAGGGAAAGGAUUCGAAAUAAAGAGGCGGGAAGUUCUUGGGAUACUUUUAGUAAACUUUUAGAAAGUACUCCUAGAGGAAAUUUUGGCAACAUAGGACUUUAUUACGACAACCAAGAAAUAAUCCCCUUUUUACAUGGAGAUUUCAGAUUCAGUAAAACCGGGCGUGUCAAUAAAUUCACUAGUCCCGAAGUAGAGGUUAGAGCCGUAAUCGAAGGACAGUGUAUAAGGAAUCGAGCGUAUUCCGAAGAUUUCGGAUUCAAAAUUGAUAAAAAUACAAAAAUAUUAGCUACCGGAGGUGCUUCAAAAAAUAAAGCCAUUUUGCAAGUUUUAUCAGAUGUAUUCAACGCUCCAGUUUAUGUUCAACCGGCCGCUAAUUCUGCAAUGUUGGGAGCUGCCUAUCAAGCCAAACACGGUUUAUUAUUCGGUAAAAAAUCGUACGACGAGAUCACUUCAACCCUUCCGGAACCUCAACUGAUCUGCACCCCUUAUCCUGACGCCGAAACCAUUUACUUACCUAUGGUUCAAAGAUACAGAGCGAUUGUGAAAGAACUUACGUCGGAGCAACGCGGUUCGUGAAUACAAAACGAAAUCCACGCGGCGAUUUCUAUUUUUAUUUCUUCAACAUUUUAAUAGUGUUUGUCUUUAAAAGUAAUCCUGUGAUCAUAUAAUUUAUAUUUUGAAUUAAACAAAUAAAUUGGUAAAUAGAAAACCACACCAGGACGCCACCAAAGAUCGAACCAAAAUAAAUGUUUGUGACAAAACAAAUACUUUCUCCAACACACACUUCUAGGUUUCACUUUGUAUUGGAAAAGUACUGAAUAUUGUCCGCAGUACCUGUCAAAAACUUUUAAACGACGGCCAGACUUGCCAACUUUCUUUUAACGCAUUUGCAAAUCUGUUAUGGGCAUUGACGGCUAUUCAUCUUUUGCUGCCUCUACUGACCUCAUGAUUGUUCCAUUGCAAAUAAUUGUUGAAAGACAUUACAGUAAACUCCCGGUUAUCCGAGCCUGUCAUUCAAAAAUAACAAACAUAAAUAAUAGCAGAGACAUCUACCGAGGAGCCGCGAUUGCUACUUAUCGCGAGGUCGAGACGUCAUGUCCUAGGAGGGGAAAGAUAACCAUUCUAGAUUCAGUUUGCUAUGAACUCUGUUGGUGUUCAUGCUCGCGCUAAUUGAUAUCUUUGUUGCUACUGUAUGAGUGGGAAACGAUAAAGUUUGUUUCUCUUGAAAAAAAAAAAACGCAAGACAAUCUUUCAGUCCGCCAAUGUAGUUAGACAGCUCUGAAGUAAUCACUAGCAGUCAUUGCAGUAUGUUCCAUUAAAAUUUUUUCAUUUCUCUAGUAUAUUCUUUCUAUACGUUUUUCAAAAUACUUGAAAUUCUCUUGCACGGCUCAUCAAAACUCAUCUUUUCAUUGUAAAUAAUUAUUAUUUCAAAUCUUGUGAAUCGAAACUUGCCGUCAUAGGCUACAACCUACUC